UUUUGUUUUGUAUCGUGUCCAAGGUCGGCCAGUCGACGACUCAAAACAGCAAAUAAUCUCACAGCUCAUUUUUGAGCGCGUCAAGUAUGCAAUAGCUGAUCGUCAUCGAGUCGAAGGUGACAAUUUCGUUUCUUGUGGCGUGUCGUGUGUUUGUACUGCCUCUUGGCAAGCAAAUUCUGCGACGCUGGUCAUUCUGGGCGGUGUGCCUUUAGAAGAGAGCGUAUUUCCUAGAUUUGUUCACGUUUACUAGCUUCGAUUACAUCAGACAAUGACGACUAAACGACAACGUCUUGUGUUAGACGACUCUGGCAAAAAGCGUUCAUUCUCCGAUGACUGUGCGAGCUUGCCCGUGUGUGUCGUCGACGAGCCAGACGAAUGUCAUCAGGGCGUUGAAAGCCAUCGAUGUUCUUCGCUGGGUGAUGUUGCAGACCCAUUUCUUUCACCGCGGAUUGAACGUUCACGAAGUUAUGAUUCAGUUGUGUUCGAUUUUCGAGAUGUUUCAGCUGACGAUUUUGCUAACCAGCUUACUCUCAUUGAUCUAAAUCUAUUCAAAGCCAUCUCUAGGGAGGAGUUAGCGUGUGGUGGAUGGGACUCUAGAGAUCGAAAAACUUUAACUCCCAACGUUUAUGAGUUUAGCCGCCGUUUUAAUAAUGUCAGUUUCUGGACAGUUCGAGAAGUGUUGAAUUCAGAAUCCAUCAAGGUUCGGGUAUCAGUGGUGAAACAUUUUGUGAAGAUUGCCAAGAAACUUUAUGAGCUGAAUAGUCUGCAUAGUAUGAUGGCAAUGGUGACUGCUCUACAGAGUGCUCCAAUACACAGGCUUAUACAAACAUGGAGACAACUUCCUAACAAGGAGAAACGUAUAUUUGACAAGUUAGACAGGUUGGCUUCAGUAGCAGAUAACAGGCAAGCACUAAGACAACACGUGGAAGACAGUCUUCUACCUUGCAUACCAUAUUUGGGUCUCUUUACUCAAGAUCUUACGUAUCUGUCUGCAAUGGAGAAGCAGGCAAUCGGUUCUCAAGAAAAUAUUGGUGGUGCAUUUGCAGAGAAGAUCAAAGUGAUCUUGGAUAAAAUUGAGUAUUUCCAGCAAUCAGACUACCCAAUGAUUGAGCAUCUUCCACAUAUAGAGAAAUAUUUGCUAAGUGUGAGAUACAUUCAAGAGUUUCAGUCGUUUGUAGAUGAAGAUCAUUUUAAGCUCUCAUUAGAACGUGAACCAAGUAGACACCUCCAGUUGCCAGGAUCUUCAACACUUCCACGAUGUCUUGAAGAGCAAAGCUUUCAUCAGCAGAGAUUGUCACUUCCCAGGCCAGCUAGUGCAGCUGAUGGACUUACGUCUGCUCGUCUCGUGAGGACAAGGCUGGAUUUGAGCAGUUUAUCUAGUGAUCCUGUAGACUCACCAACAAACAAAACAUUUAAACCUGGCCACAGAAAGUCAAGAAGUUUAGGAGGUGUGACGGCCAUGUUGCGCUAUCCUCUUGAGGACAAUAUGGUGGAACCAAUGUCUUGUCUGUGUCCAGUUGAUGACAACGUCCCACUAGAAACACCAAUUACAUCAGGAGAUGAUUUGAGUUCAGAUAGCAGUUGUGAUCAAACGUGGAGUACAACGAGUUUACCAUCAUAUGCAACAGAUAGUGGUGAUGAGUUAAUGGAUGACUCAUUUGUGUCAGCUUGUUCUCAGAUAGACUAUGAGGGUUACCUGAAACGAAAAGUUAUUAGGAAAAUGGGCAGGAAACCAUCAACAGGAACAAAAUGGUUAGGGCUGAUGAAGUUCUGGGCCACAAUCAGUGAUGGCUGUUUCUUAUUAUACAGUCCCAAGAGGCGAGUCAAACGAAAGAGCAGAGAUGAGUUUAAAUGUGUUGAACACUGCUGUGUCAGAUUACACGAUGCAAUUGUAGCAUUAAACACAUCCAAGCGAUCAAAGCCAUCAUUUACCUUGACAGAUAAAUAUUCUUCAGUAUAUAAGUUCCGGACUCAGUCAGAAGAAGAAGCCAAGCAAUGGGUACAACAUGUACAGAUGGCUAUUAACUCAUUCAAGAUGCCGAAGAAUCUCAUCAACUUUGAUGAAGACGUAUCCAAUGGACACGCCUCUAGUGUAACGUAAUGUAGCUAAAAGUAAUGUGUCACUUACGAGAAGAGCUAAGCAGGUCUAUUUUGGUAUUGACUCCUGAGAGAGCGUUUCUUAUUGUGUACAGUUGACUGCUAAAGUAAACAGCUUGCAGUCUGAUAAUAAUCCUUAUGCUACCGUA